AUGGAGGGAGUUUCGGGAGCUCUCCAGUCUGUUGUGAAAGAUCUGGAUGACAUCAUCAACAAGUCCACGAAGGUGAAGACGUCUCUGCAGGGCUACAUCUCCUCAGGGGCAGGGGGGCCCUCAGAGAAGGCAGCGCGCCAGGCCGAGGACCCCUGUUCCCUUCCCCAGCCUCUCGUGCUGCACUACCAGAAGAAGAUCGACAUCGCCCUCUCGGCACCGAAGCUGAAGGUCGAUGACAAGGCCAAGUCCAUGGAGCUGCCGGUGUAUGUACUCUAUGGUGAGUGGGAGAAGCUUAGCCCCUAUGCGGACGACCCCUUGUCUUACUACCAUCACUCGCCGGAGAAGUUUCUACAAAGGCAGGAGACAGUAGGAGGAUUCGGAAACUCACUCGGCUUGUCCUUGCUGUCAUGGUCCCAAGAGAAGACGAAGAGGGGACGCUUGGUGAUGCUACCUCACUCCAAGACCCGCAUUCUUUGGUCCUGCUUUGGGCUGCUCCUCGUCUUCUGGGAUGCGAUCUCCAUCCCGCUCCUAGUGAGCUGGGAUAUCAGCAACACCUUCUUCUUCGCCUUGACCCUUCUUGCCAUGAUCUACUGGUCCAUCGACAUGCUCCUCAGCUCCCAGACAGGCUUCUUUGAGCAGGGCGAGCUGGUGCUCUCAGGAAGGCGGGUGCUGAUGCACUACUUGAAAAGCUGGUUCCUCUUUGAUGCAACGCUGGUGACCCUGGACUGGGUGAUGCUGAGUUUGGAGGGCGAAGGCACUCAGAGCUUCCUGAUGGGCUCGAAGUUCAUUCGGAUCAUCCGGGUUGUCCGCACCCUGCGCCUCAUCCGGCUCCUAAAGCUCAACGACAUUGUGCGUCUUGUAGAGGAGCAUGUGAGCAGUGGCCACACGCAGUCGGUGCAGCUUCUGGCAGCGGUGGUGAAGUCUGUGGUGACGAUCAUGUUUUCGGUUCAUCUCCUCGGGUGCUUCUGGUUCUACGUCGGUCGUGCGGAAGAAGAAAGCGGAGAUGUCAACAACUGGCUCAGGGCCUCCGGCUAUGUGCAGGGAACAGUGGCGGAUCAGUACCUAGCAAGCUGCCACUGGAUCUUGGGGCAGUUCACGCCUGCCCCGAUGAACAUCCACGCGCAGAGCAACGCAGAGAGAGCCUACAACAUCUUCGUGAUCUUCUUCUCCCUCCUGGUGAUGGGAAGUGCGAUUUCCCGGGUCUCCGCAUCUAUCCAGGCUGCCAUCAAGAUCAACUCCGAGGCUCAAGAUCGCCGAAGACAGGUGACCCAAUACCUCAAGGCCAACAAGGUAAGUCAAGAGCUCCAGAUCCGAGUCCUGAGGUUUGUGGACUACCACUUGUCCCGAUUGCUCUCUGUCCAGCUGGAUGAGAGCCUGCUUUCCGACACCCUCGUGGACGAGCUCUACAUGGACCGCCGGGGUCCCCUCCUUAAGUCCCAUCCCAUGUUCAAGUUCCUCUUCGACGUUUCCUCGAAGGCUGUCACACGCGUUUGUGGCCUGCUGAAGUUGAACAUGUUUGAGGACGGGGAGUUGAUCUUCGCCCGGCACACCCAGGCUAAGGGGAUGUACAUCGCCUGCGCGGGCAGCUAUCUGCUCAGCAUGUCGGGGAAGGACAGCAAGAGUGUCGUGGACACCUUCGAGUUCUAUGCAGAGAUCAGCCUCUACAUGAAGUUCGUACAUUCGAUGUCGCUGUUCAGCAUCUCUUUCAAUGACGUGUUCUUCCUUCAUCCCAUGCAGCUGGCUGACUGCUUGAAGGACUUCCCGGAAUGUUGUGGCUUCGUAUUCCAGUACGCAAAGACCAUGCAGAGCGAUCUUCACAGCGGUGCACUGCUUGCCAGUGACAUACUCCCCUUGGAGAGCAUACAAAGUUGCUGCGAAAGCACCGACGCGCACAGAAUCCUCAACAUCUCCGACCGCAACACGCUGGAGAAGUUCGUGCUGCCUGUCGGGGUCAGCACACAGGAGUCUUUCCACGAGUGGGUGCAGUUCUUCUUGAAAAAGACUGACCCCGAAAAUGUCGCAAGUCGGUACCACAUGCUGGCAGAACUCACGCGCUUCUUCCCUGAGCUGGAUAUGGAGAAUGGCACCUACUCGGUCUUCGCAGAUGAGCCGGCCAUCCAUCGGGCGCUGUCGUCGAUGGCCAGCGUCCUCUGGUUGGUCAAGGACAACUUCGAUGAGUUCAGCCGGCCCCAGAAGCCGGGGGACAAGAUGCCCCUGGAGAUGUGGCAGCGCCUUCAAGAGUUCAUCCGUUGGACGGAAAUCCGGUCCGACAUACGAGCUCUGUACGGAACCUUCGUACUCAUCGUCGCGCAGGGCCUUGCCAAGUCGAAGCAGCUCCUCUGGCAAUUCCCCGAGAAGCACCAGGAGGCGGACGCGGCGGUGAUCCACAUGCUGCGAGCGCGCCACAACGUCGUGCCCAGCGCCGCGCACCUGGACUUGGACGUGCGGACCGUGAUGUGUAGGGUGUCCUCUCUUCACCACAUCUUCGCCAUCGGCCAGUUCAUGCAAGGAGAGAACACGCCCCUCAACCUCCGCAACUUGCAAGAGGAGCUAAAGCAAGAGUCUGACCCUGCAGUCUUCAAGCUCUUUCUGCUCAGUGAGCUGGUGUCGCUGCUGGGGAUCGGGGCCAGCUCAAGAGCUUCGGGAUCGAGCUUCUUGAACAAGCGCACGGGCCGCACGGUGAUCAGCAGCCUGCAGGCCCUCCAGCAGUUGGAGAAGCAGCCUUGUGUGCGAGUUUACUGGAACUACCUGUGCACCUGGGCCACCACCCUGCAACUCUGCUUGGAUGAGCCCGCGGACUUCGCGUUCGCCCGCCUCGCCUGCAUCUGCCGCAUGAAUGACCGGAAUCCGAACCUGAAGCUCCUGUACCUGAGCUGGGCGAACAUGCAUCCGGCGGACAGGUCGGUGCUCACGGACUUCUUCCUUGCAGAUGGGAUUCGAAAUACUGCUUGUGUCUUCACCUACUUGCCAUUGUGUUUUGACAAUGCUCAGAAGAACCCGGUGGUGGGCUUUGCGACCAUGCUGGAUCUAUUGGUAGAGCUUGUUGAGAUCAUCUGGUUGCAAAUGGAGUCCAAUGCCACGCCUCGGCAGCCCGUCCUCAACCUCUUUGACCUCGCAGCCUUCACAGGGGUCGUCCGCUCGCGGAGCGUGUUCUGCUCCUGCCUCGAGCACGCAAAGAUCACCCAAACGCCGCAAAGUGACAUGCAGCUCACGAUGACCAGCAAGAACUGGUCCAGGACGGAGGAUGUCACCGACCACAAGAUCAGCAUCGCCAGCGCAGUGCGGAAGCUGGUGCGGCGCCAGAACAUACAUGCCAAGAUCGUCGUGGAGGUGCCCUUGCGACCCACCUCCGAAUCCAUCCAAGAGGCCCAAGAGGCGCUCCAAUUCAUCGACGAAGACAAGGAGGCAUCCUCGUCUCUUGCGACUCCUUUGGGUGGAGCGCCUCCUCGUCCUCCUUCUCAGGCCGAGGAGCACCUGCCCUGGUGGGCCUUUUUGGUCAUUGGCCUGGCCCUGUCGAUCGCUUCGUCUGUGGCGCUGCUUCAGGCCGUGGAGGACGUCCAGAAGUCUUGGCGCCGCAAGCAGACUCCGAUCAGUAUCGCCGCCGCGGAUUCUAGCGAUGAUCUGGAGGAAACCCGCGAGGUGCUUCUGCCCCCAGCGAGUCCGUUGGUCCUCAACGCACCAGGGCUGGCGCCUCCAAUGCCAGGAGGGGAGGCCGUCACCAGCUCUCCAGGACGCCAGAUCCAUCUUUCUCUGCCAAAGGCAGUUCCCGGCCAAGCGCAAAGCGGAGUACCUGCUCCCGGCAGCCCUUUGGUGCAGGUCUUCUAUGCGAGCUCUCCGGUGGUCAGCCCAUCGCAAAGGUGA